UUUAACCUUGAAGUGGACGAAAAAGUGGAUCUAAGAGCCAGGUUGUCGGCAGCCAUCCACGAGUGUAGUUAGUAGUGACUAGUGACUAGUGAGAGGCAGCUUUACAAACUAACAAACACAUUUAGAUCAGUUGUUAUGGCCACUGCCACUGUCUUUCCCUCACUACUCCCUUUGCUCUUUCUUGCUAGAGUUUGUGGUCUUUCAGUAGCAUUUCUUGUUCUCUUCUGGGCUCUUACUUUCAAAUCUAGCUUCCUCAAUACUUCUAAUUCCCUUCCUCAACAGGAUCUCAUCUAUGCAGUUCUCCAUCCUGUGCUUAUGGUCAUUGGUUUUAUCCUUUUAAGUGGAGAAGCAAUUUUGGUGCAUAGAUGGUUACCUGGAUCAAGAGGGUUGAAGAAAUCGGUGCAUUUAUGUCUUCAAGGGGUGGCUUUAGCUUCUGGGAUAUUUGGGAUUUGGACAAAAUUCCAAGUAAAUGAUGGGAUUGUGGCUAAUUUCUACAGUCUGCAUUCAUGGAUGGGUUUGAUUUGUGUAUCACUCUUUGGAGCUCAGUGGCUAAUAGGCUUCUUGAACUUUUGGCACCGAGGAGAAAUACGAACAGUGAGGAUAAAGAUCUUACCAUGGCAUGUAUUUCUUGGCUUAUACACUUAUGCAUUGGCAGUAGCAACGGCUGAAACUGGAUUAUUAGAGAAGUUGACAUUCUUGCAAACACAGAGAAAUGUAUCCAAACACAGCACUGAGUCCAUGGUUGUAAAUUCUUUAGGCCUUGGUCUUGCUCUUCUUAGUGGCUUUGUUAUUUUGGCUGCUGUUUCACCUAAGUAUCAAAUUCUUCAAAGCAAACUAUUGUACUCAGAUUCUAGGUGUUUGGCAUCUUAAUAAAAACGCAUUUCACUUUC